AUGUCUCCUCACCCAACUACUCAACCAUACUUUCCAAAUCAAAACUUACCCCAGUACCACCUACAACAACCAUCAUCACAUCUACCACCACCACAUCUACCACCACCACAUCAACACCAACAUCAACAUCAACAACAACAGCAGCAAUUCCACGUUCAACAACCACUUCAAUCAGCCCCUUCCCAGAAUGGGGAAUUCCAAAACCCUAGUUUUCAGGUAAACCAAUUUUACGCUGAGCAGAACCUGCUUCAACAGUUGCAAAUGCAAAAGAUGCAGUUGGCUCAGGAGCAAGCAAUCCUUGAACAACAACAGCAACAGCAGCAGCAACAACAACAACAACAACAACAACAACAACAACGCGUCAAGGCAAAGAAGGUGAAACCAGUGUCAAUGACGCCCAAGAAGAAAAGAGGCAGACCACCAAAGCCGGACUCUUUUGCCCAAAGAAUUACCAGCACAAUGAAUAUUAAUGUCAACACUUCGCCUUUGGACAGUAGUCCCGCUGAAUCGAAUUCCAAUUCUGCUGCUAAACAAGGUGCACCCAAUGUGUUUACCCCGUUGAUGCGCAAGGCAAAGUCGUUUUCUCACCCUUCGACAAUGUUGGCGACUCCCUUGUCUUCAGUGGGCGCAAGCUUCCCCAAUUCUAUUGAAUCGCAAUACCAGUUCAAUAAGAACACGUUGGACAAUAUUUCCAUGAUAACUCAACUGCAACAUUCGAGACCCACUAGAUCUCAGUCAUUGUACAAUACUCCACCAAGUUCUGAAGGGCACAAAGAUGGAUAUUUCAUGCCCCAUCACCAAAACUUGGAUGCAUUGGGGCAAGAGCAGCAGCAGCAGCAGCAAGAGCAAGUUGAUUCAUCUCCUACUAGAAGAAAAUCGCCCGAGAAUAGAAAUCUUUUACCGCCUGUAUCGUUGACAAGUAAUCAUACGUCCGAAGGUAGGUUACACAGAGAAGAGCAAAGAGAAGAAGCUACACAAGAAGAGACGAGAAAAACAUCUGAAGAUUUUCAGUUGAAAUUGGUUAUUGACGAUCUGGGUAAAGCAGUGUUGUCAAGCGAUAUGUUCAAGCCAACUCCGAAAAAAGAAGAGUCAAGUUCUACAUCUACUUCAGUUGCCACUCCCAAACAACCACAAUUGGCUCGCACAGAAACCAACGUUGAAGCGGCAACUGAAGAAAGACCGUCUCGUGGUGUAUUGCGCAGGUGCAACUCUGACAUCACAGGCUCCAUAACACAACCAAAAUUGGAGUCACAGCUAGCAUCAAUCAAUGAGAAUUUCAUGACAAAUCCACAGACACCCAAGGACAAUUAUAUGUAUGUAUCUACCGGACUUACACCAAUUUUUAACUUGACACCACAAUUCAAUUCAUUGAUGAACUCGGUCAUGAGUUUAAACUCGCCUCAAUAUAAAAAAGGCGGCAUGAACCCGUUUUUGGUGAAUCAAGAGAUUUUCACUAGUGAGCAACAUUUACAACCACCGCAACAAAUUCCCAUCACACUUGCACAUCACAGUAUGCAACAACAAUCGGCCCAUUUGGAGAAUCUAGUUGAGCAUCCAAGUGAAGUUGAGCACGAGCAAUCUAUUAAAGAGCGGGGGAGUGAAGAGGAUGCCAAUGCAAAUGGUUCAGCUGCAAGUUCAGACGAUUCGGGUGAUGCCAGACUUGCUUUGAAACGGGUGAUGUAUGUACAAAGGGAUUAA